UUGGGCUGCUGGGAAGGGGCGGAGCGCGGCCGCGCCGGCGCGUCGAGCCAGAAGCAGCCGCCGGGAUGGACGUGUUUCUCAUGAUCCGGCGCCACAAGACCACCAUCUUCACGGACGCCAAGGAGUCGAGCACCGUGUUCGAACUGAAGCGCAUCGUCGAGGGCAUCCUCAAGCGGCCGCCAGAGGAGCAGCGACUGUACAAGGACGAUCAGCUCCUUGAUGAUGGAAAAACUCUGGGCGAAUGUGGCUUCACUAGUCAGACAGCACGGCCACAGGCCCCAGCCACAGUGGGCCUGGCCUUCCGAGCAGAUGACACCUUUGAAGCUCUGCGCAUCGAGCCCUUCUCCAGCCCUCCAGAGCUUCCAGAUGUGAUGAAGCCACAGGAUUCUGGAGGCAGUGCCAAUGAACAAGCUGUGCAGUGAGGCCCAGGCCUACCCCUAGAGACCCAUUCCCUCAAUAAAAAAGAUUUGGCUGUCUA